AUGGCUCCCUCCCAAUUAGAAAUCAAAGUCAGGUCUUUACAAAGGCUGGUUAAGGAAGAGAAGUACUACCAACAAGAGCUGUCGGAUCAAAAAGCUCAUGUGGAGAACCUGAAGGCUAACUCCGAGGUUGAUCCAUAUGACUUAAAGAAGCAGGUGGAGGUUCUCCAAGAUACCCAGAGGCUUCUGCCGGCACUUUAUGAAAAGAUUGGCCAGUUUAAGGAGGACCUCGUGCAGUUCACAAAGACGUACAGCGGCAGCGAGGAUCUCGGGAGCUCAAAGCAGGUGCUCAAAGAAGCUGCGGAUCUGCUCGAACAGAAGCGCUGA